AUGGCCGACCACGAGAUGGACGUCGACGAGCCGGGCUCCCCGCCGCCGAACCAGCAGGGCAGCUCCAAGAUCGGCGACAUGCAGACGCAGGCCAAGGCGACGGCCGUGCGCUCCAUCGAGGGCUGGAUCAUCGUCGUGACCAACGUGCACGAGGAGGCCGACGAGGAGGCGCUGCAGGACAAGUUUGGCGAGUUUGGCGAGAUCAAGAACCUGCAUCUCAACCUGGACCGGCGGAGCGGCUACGUGAAGGGUUACGCUCUGAUCGAGUACCCUACGCUCGCUGAGGCGCGCGCCGCUAUCGACGGCGCGAACGACACCAAGCUGCUCGACCAGACGGUCAAGGUCGACUUUGCUUUUGUGCGCCCACCACCCGGCAAGGGCAAUCGGGGCGGUCAACGGGGCGGGCGCUCCGGCAGAGGGCGAAGCAGGAGCCGAAGUCCCGGCGCUGGGGCAAGGGAUGACGAUAUCCAAUGA